AUGCUGGCUCCCUCAAAGCUUGCUCACCCACUCUCCUUGAACGCUCCCUUUGACAAAAUAGGCGGCCUGACUAGUAGAUCCCACCUCUCUCCCCUUCCUCCUCAUAUUGACAAUACCUCUGACAGUCAGUCUAUCAUCCCUUCUUCCUCCGCUUUGGAGAGUUGCCUUUCCACCCUCCUCUUCAUUUUCCCACUUUUUCCUCCCAUGUCACUCCCGUCAUUUGUCACAGCUUUGGACUUUUGA